CUUGCCAACGAUCAAAACAAGCCGAAAAACUACCAUACUGGGGAGAAGCCAGUUUGUUUUGAUGGCUCUGUUUGGACGUAUCGUGUGAAACGCGAAGUUUUGCACUUUAUUUUCCACAAAAGUUAUAGAAUUAUCAAAAUAGGGUAAUUGUUUCCUUAUAAAAUCCGCGCAAUGAGGUCGAACAAUCGUGCGUGAAGAAAAAUCGUAUAGUGACAACAGCGACAAGCUCUCUCUAGUUUCUUACCUCUAUCGCAUCAGCAGUCACUCGGUCAGCAGUAAACUUGCCAACGAUCAAAACAAGCCGAAAAACUACCAUACUGGGGAGAAGCCAGUUUGUUUUGAUGGCUCUGUUUGGACGUAUCGUGUGAAACGCGAAGUUUUGCACUUUAUUUUCCACAAAAGUUAUAGAAUUAUCAAAAUAGGGUAAUUGUUUCCUUAUAAAAUCCGCGCAAUGAGGUCGAACAAUCGUGCGUGAAGAAAAAUCGUAUAGUGACAACAGCGACAAGCUCUCUCUAGUUUCUUACCUCUAUCGCAUCAGCAGUCACUCGGUCAGCAGUAAACUUGCCAACGAUCAAAACAAGCCGAAAAACUACCAUACUGGGGAGAAGCCAGUUUGUUUUGAUGGCUCUGUUUGGACGUAUCGUGUGAAACGCGAAGUUUUGCACUUUAUUUUCCACAAAAGUUAUAGAAUUAUCAAAAUAGGGUAAUUGUUUCCUUAUAAAAUCCGCGCAAUGAGGUCGAACAGUGAGUAACAAAGUUUGAACACCAAAAAUGGGAACCAACAUAAGAAGACUCAACCGCUAAACACCCCCUAUGAGAAUUGGAACUAUCUAUGGAGCACAACUGAAUACUGAAUUAAAUACGUCCAGCAUCCAGGUCAAAUUCAAACUGCACAAUGUUGUUUCGAAAGAUUGUAAAUAGCGUUUUCUGGAUUUGCUGCCUGCUGGCUCUGCUAUUUUCCUACUUCGACAGAAGCUUGAAGCAUCUCCUUCGUCGAGGCCGUGUGAAAUCUUUGAAACAUUCCCAAACCAUCCACCAUGCAUGGAAUAUUUGCUUUUUCACAGCAGCCACAAUAUACCUCACUUUGUAUCACAAACUGUUGAUCCACCCGGAGAUUGCUAAUCAGAGCAGCAAAUACUUUCCCCAGUACAACAACCCAAUCUUUCUCACGGCGUGCGAUGUGGCCAAGUUUGAGUUCGUAACCAUGCUGCUGGUUGCUUUCCACGUGAACGGUGCCUUGGCUAGGGCGAAGCAUGGCGACUACUCGGAGGCCAUUUCAAAACUAUUUUACGCGUCGCUGCUACUUUGUUGCUUUGUAUUGCGCUUGGAGAACUAUAGCGUGCUAUUGAAUCUCUACCUGGGAGUGUUUAACGCUAUACAGGAGAUGUUGCUGCUAUUCUCGUUGCAUACAAGCGAGAAAAGUGAUAGUACUCUUAAACUGUAUGUGAUAUUUAUUUUUAGUUCUUGGUCCUACCUAUUCCUCAACCUACUCCCAUUUGAGUUCCUCAUUCCCACGCUUUACGCCAACACUAAGGAACUAUAUCUGUACUUGAAUCUCUUCUUUUGGCUGUGGUACUGCUCGUGUAUCUGGAAUUCUCCCAUCCUUAAAUUCCUCUAUCAUAAAAUCUACCAUUUGCAAGCGAACGAUUGUAUCGGUGGAGAGUCAUCAGUGCGAUGUAUCUUAUUCAAAGAUUCACCCAAUUUCCGUCAUUAUCGGUCCGUCAAGCAAGCGUACCUGGAGCUGAAAUUGUUUCACGAUAAGAGCAAAAUAAGCGGCACAAGACAUAGAGAUGGCGAGAAUUCUUCAACCAAAGUACUUCAAACUAUAAAAUGUGUGCUGGCGGUAAAGCGAAAACUAAAACGAAUGCGAGAAAAUCGCGAUCAGUUGUGCGAAGACUGAUGGUAUUAUCACAGAUCUGUGGUAUUAUGCAUAAUUUCCACUAUUUAGGUAAAUAUCUACGGAACGAACUACACCUCAUCAGUGCAAACAGCUUUUCAUGCCUUUGAACAUAACCUCAAUGCAGACGAGCCGGACAUAGCUUAAGAUUUACUUUACAGUUAUUAGCAGAAAUAUGGAGGCUGAGUAAAUAAAUUAUUUAUAGCAA